UAAUAACAUGGGUUCUCAUUUCUUGCAUUUCAGAGCAACAACCACCAGUGUUUAUACAAGGGAGAGCAUAACUAGUAUAUCACAAUGACGGGUAGACGUGAGUUAUCCCCCCUUCUUCCCCGCCGCCCAGAAGAAUACCGUCCUUCCUCCUCGACGCUUGUCUCCCCCUUCUGCUCCUCGUUGCUGUCUAGAUCUAGCCGCAGCGCGUUGUCCUCCUCCCUAUCUUCACCCACACCAUGGCGAGCCGUGAUGCUGCUGUCGCUGGUGAGCUUGUCACUGUUUCUGGUGCCGGCCUCCGCUGUGGAAGACCUGCGGCUCAAUGCCGGCAACGUGAAGAGGAGGGACGUCAUCAGCAACAUCAACAUUAACAACGUCAACAACGUCAACAACGACGGCGGGGUCGCCCAAGUCAGGAGGCGCAAUAAUGGGGUACCUCAGAUCCCAAAGAGACCGGCAGAGGACGUGGUGAAGCCAGCCAAGAAAGUUCUUGCUCCUGCAAUUCAGAGAGCCCAGGAGAACCAGGCAGAGCUCAACAGACAACUGGAGGAGCACGAGCGCCAGGUAGCCCAGCAGCAGGCGGAGAUGGCGGGCCGGGAGAAACGCAGACAGGAGCGACAGAGACAGCUGGACAUACAGAGGGCAGACAACCUACGGCAGGAGCUGGAGCAGAAGCAGAGAGACAAGGAGAGGCAGGAACUGAGUCGGCAGAGAGAACGCCAGAGAGAGAAAGAGAGAGAGCAACAGUGGUUGGAAGACAUGAAGAAGAAAGCAGAAGACCAGAUGAAGUUGCAGCAGCAACAGGAGCUUGCUGUCAAAGAGCUGAAAGCCAGAAAGGAACUGGAGGGUGCUGGGCUUCCCGGUGGCAAUAAGCUGAGAUCAGGAGAGGUGCCGGCCCUAAAGAAUGCUGGGCCCAUGUUGAACGAAGAGGAGAAAAGCCCUCAGCAAGAUGUGAGGAAGCAGUUUGAUGCUGAAGGACUCCUCAGUAAGAAAGACCUGGGGCGUGAUUCUGUGAGAAAUGUGGCCGGUGCAGGACUGGAGACAAGGGACAGGCAGAAGAAUGCGGGGGUGGAUCUCCCAGCAGGAAAUAAUGGUGAAAAUGUGGCUAACCAAGCUCAAGCUGAACCUCCUAAUCCAGUGCAGCAUGACAAUCCAGCUGCAAAUCAGGACGCGCUGAAAGUGGUAGCACGUGUGCCAGAGCCGGGUGAGAAACUUCCGGGCAGUGACAAUGAGAUCCCUCGCAGCGAGAGAGACGCUGGGGAUCAGAUCAACAACAACGCAGAGCUACCCAACCUACCCCAGCAAGUGCCGAACGUGCUCAGUAAUAAUGAUAAUAGCCAAGUCAAUAAUAAUGACAACGAUAAUAUGGGCGGGGGUGGGAACAACAAUCAGAACCAGCAGUAUCAGAACAUGAACGAUGACAGCAACAGGCGGGACCGCGACCAGCCACAGAUUGGGGGGCUGCACCUCAGCUGGGACUGGGAGGAUUUCUCUAUCAUGUUUAGUAACUACGGUAACGCGGAGAUGAAAGUGCGACGAGCACCGCACCCUACCACGGGAGAGCCCUGGCCCAUGCCGCAGUACUACUCCAAGAAAGAUAAGAAGGUGUACAAAGUGAGCAAGGACUUGCGAUUUGUACCUACGGGUGUUAAAUGUGACAUCCUGGAUGAAGCCAUAGUUCGCCACCUUCAGCGGGUGUUACGAGGUGCUGUGGAAGACAUGUACGACAACCUGCAGCAUGCUGAGGGCACCUUUGUGGAUGAUCCGAGCCUCAAGUAUGACAGCGAGGAAUAUGUCAAGGCCCCUACCAUCUCACGGGUGGAGAUUAAAGUGAGGAAAGCCUGUGAGAAAUAUCCAACAUUGGACUCUGAUGAAUCUUAUGACCUGGUGGUGAAGAAGAAAAAGACGUAUAUCUGGGCCAAUGAGGUGUGGGGAGCCAUGCGUGGCCUGGAGACCCUGGGACAGCUGGUCUGGAAGGGAACCGAUGGACUGCUGUACAUCAAAGAGACUGUGAUCAGUGACUACCCGCGGUUCCCUCACAGAGGCCUGCACAUCGACACCUCCAGACAUUUCCUCUUCAAGGAAAUCAUCUUGGAUAUCAUUGAGAGCAUGGAGAUGAACAAGCUGAACGUGUUCCACUGGCAUAUUGUGGACGACCAGUCCUUCCCGUACGAGAGCAAAGUUUACCCCGAGCUGAGCCGUAAGGGAGCAUUCCACCCUACCUAUGUCUACUCUCUGGAAGAUAUCGCCGAGAUUAUCGAGUAUGCUCGUGUCCGUGGCGUCCGUGUCAUGCCAGAGUUUGACACCCCAGGUCACACCUAUGCCUGGGGCCUGAGCCGUCCUGAGCUACUGACCCAGUGUUACUCUGGCAGCACCCCGGUCAAGGGUUACCUGGGCCCCAUCGACCCCAGCAAGAACUCCACCUACCGCUUCCUGCAGACUCUCUUCCAGGAGAUCAUGGGUGUCUUCAAGGACCAGUAUCUGCAUCUUGGAGGUGAUGAGGUGCCCUUAGGAUGCUGGCAAUCAAACCCAGAAGUGAUGGCAUUUGCCACAGAGCUGUCCAAGAAGUCUAGCGGCCGCUCACAGCAGCAGGCUGGAAGUUCUUUCUACAACUCAAACUUUGGCUGGAACAACGUGUGGUCUGAAGAUGUGAAGAUGGUCUAUGAGUACUAUGUCAACAGAUUAAUCAAGAUUCUGAAUGAUUUGGGUCACAAGCGCAAGAAGGGCGUCCGCUACAUCAUGUGGCAGGAAGUGAUGAACAACAAUCUGCAGCUGCCCAACGACACCAUCAUCCAGGUGUGGAUGGGUGACAUGGCGGACGUGAUGCGAGCUACCUCCAUGGGCUACCAGGUCCUCUACUCUACCUGCUGGUACCUGGACCACGUGGAGUACGGCACCAAGUGGCCAAAGUACUACAACUGUGACCCUGUAGAUCAGAGCUACGGUUACCACAUCGAUGAGAAGAAAGUCUUAGGAGGAGAGAUUGCUUUCUGGUCCGAGUACUUCUCCAACGAGAAUCUCAUACCUCUCAUGUGGCCAAGGGCAUCAGCUGCAGCAGAGCGACUGUGGAGUAGCAAGGAUGUGAAAAACCUAGACAAGGCUGCUGAGAGGUUAUCGGAACAUAGGUGCCGCAUGAUCAAACGUGGAGUGAACGCGGGGGAGAUCAGUGGACCUGGCUACUGUCUACACCCCCCUCCCCGCCGCCGAGUUCUCAACGACACGCUGGGCUGCAAGGGCGGUAACUGCAGCCGCACGCACAACUUUGUCCAGAUUGAGGACAUUGAGCUCCACGUGAGCCAGAGAGGAGGGAGUUUGGCUGACUGUGGGCAUGUUUUCAGCCGGGCCAACAACAAUGUGAUGGUGAUGCUGGCCCUGGCACUUGUGGUUGUACUGGCUCUGUUGGCGUUGUCAAGGUCAUCGUCGAGACUACACCGGCUGCGCUUGUGCCGCAACCGCUCCAUCCUCAUUGUGUUCGUCAUCGUUCUCCUUGUCUACUUCCUGUGCUACACAACGAUAUGGAUCCGUGCGUUCGAGUUUUCCGGCUCCUUCCACAAAACUUUACAGGAGGACUCGCCGGGUGGGGAGAGCGGUGGUAAAGGAGGUGGGGGUGUCGGAGACAUGUCACAUGACACUGGAGCAGGUGGUGGUGGUGGUGGAGUGAAAUAUAGCAAGGCACAUCGCUCUUAGCAGAUCAUCAUAAUAUUAUUAUUAUUAUUAUUGGUUUAAGUGUUUAUAUGUGUGUGUGAGUCGGUGUGUGUGUGAGUCAGUGUGUGUGUGUGUGUUCUGUGUGUGUGUGUGCGUGAGUGCAUCAGUUGGAAUGUAUCAAGGUGUUUGUAAAUCACACUUUAAACAAGUGCUGAUGAACUCACAGGACAUAUUCUGAAAGUAAAUGUGAGCCUUUGUGUGCAUGUAUGUAUGCGAAAAGGGGAGUGAGAGAGAGAGAGAGUGUGGAGUUAAGUUUAUGUGUAUACAUGUUAAUUCUCAUUCUUUGUAUAUGUAUGUUUAAGAUAUUAAAAAGGGGAUUUGUUUGUUUGGAGACAUUAUCACCACUUUGUUCUUCUAUGAUGUAUUGGCAUAUUCAGAGUGAAGUGAGGUGAUAGGGGUCUAGUACUUUCUUUGCACUUGUUGCAGUUUCUCACCACUUCUAAAUGUGUUGGGGUUGUGUGUGGGGGUGUGAGCGUUUGUGUGUGUGUGUGUGUGUGUGUGAGAGAGAGAGAGAGAGAGGUAAAAAUCAGUCUGUAUCAGACUAUUUUGAAUGGAUGGAUAUGAAGAGCGAGACCUUAAAAUGAAAUGAAGGUUUGAAGACUUAAAAAGAAAUUUAUACUCGAAGGAAAAUGUUGAGAGUUAGAGUCAAAAUUAUAUGGAAAUGUACCGAGAAUUAGUUUUUUCUCUUUUUUUUUCAAUUUAGUUUUCAUACUUCUAGUCAUUGACUUUUAAUUUCUCAAUGUAGAAGCUCGACAAUUUUUAUCUAAUAUAAUACUUUUUUUUUUCAUCACGGAAUAUAUUAGUCUGUAUAUUGUGACUAAGAAACGGAUUUCUCCUCAUUUUUUUAGUUUACUUCUUAGAGCUCCUAAUGACAAGAUCAUUCUGUUUGUGGCCUUGAACCUUUGUCUCAUUUUGAGGUUUUGCCAGACUUAUAAAGUGAUGUUAUUGUGCAUAAUAUACAUAGCAGCAUAAAUGUUGUACAUUCAUUUUCACACUUAAAAACCUUUCUCAACCGUUGCCCAUCGUCCACCCAUGCUUCCAGUUCUUGCAAUCCAGAGGCAAGACGAUAUCAUCAUUUCAAAACCAACUGCAGGUAGUAAUAUUCAAUUGAUCAAAAAAGCACACUGAAACAUUGAGCUGUCUUUGUAGAUUUAAUAUUUGCAUAUGUCUCUGUUUCAAGUACUCAAAACUAACUGUUCAGAGGGGUUAAGACUGGUUUUGUAAUGUUUCCAUAAUACAGAUAGCCAGUGAAAUUGCAAGCAGAACAAUAUUGUCAUCAUAACUAGUAAUGGUUGCAUGCUUGCUUUUCUGACAUGCCUGCGGACGGUUCUAUGGAAGAAGCUAGAUACAGCUUUUGCAGUAAGUCUUGUGUGCCGCUCACUAUCCUUUUGAGAUUUGAAAUGAGGUCAUCAGUCUUCCCUUGAACCAUAUUGUUAUUGUAUGCCUUUUUGCUUUCCUGAUAUAUGAGAAAACUUUGUCAAAUAUUUGAGCAAUGAACCACAUGUAGAUUUGAUUGCAAAUAUUCGAUGAUGUGCUGAUGCCCUGGUUGUGGUUACUUUCAAAGUCUGUGCAGCUGGAUACUGUCAUUUGUAUGAAAAGUAUUGUCAGUUUGUGGAGAACCGAAAUUCCUGGAAAUUGUCACUGCAGUGUUAUUGUAAUUAACAGCACUUUUUUUUGCUUGUAGCAGUUAAACACAAUAAUGUUUUGAUUAAGCUGUCCUUUGUGUUCAGCAGGUUGGAAAGGAUUCUUCAAAUUUUAGAAGCUGCAACAGUUUGAUUUGAUUUCAUUGUCUUUUUUCAUUGAGAAAGACAGUGUGAAUGAAUGUGGUGGUCUUUACCCUAGUCAAGUGACAGGUGUAGGUUUGCACUGUGAAUAGUGUAGGGAAAAUUCAGUUCCUUUUAGGUGUGACCUGCACUUGACAUGGGGUGUGUCGGAGUGUGAGUACUCUCGUCCCAGGACUUGUGCUGUUUAACCUUUUAGUGCUUCUGUGGUUUAGAGAGAGACGUGCGUUUUUAUAAAAUUGACAAAUUUUAUAUUCCUAAAUCGAGUCUCCAGCAAGAGUUAUAUCUGAGUGCGUUGUGUUCAGCUUCUGUUUGCAGUAAAUUCAGUGACAAUUGUUUGUUACAAUGUGCGUUAUAUUUUACACCAAUUCUCAAAAUGUGUAUUUAUGGAGGGUUAUGACAAAAGCUUAAUCUUUGGAGUCAUUUACACUUGUUUUGUAUUCAUAAAUGUGUGAUGAAUUGAGUAUCUGAUUAUGAAGUUAUGUGUAGGGUAGUCUUUUGUUGAGAGGCUUGCAUGGUCUCCUACGUGAUAAUUAAGUUUGAGCAAUGAGAAGUGCAUCAGCACGAUAACAGCCACUCCAUGCUAGGUCGGAGCAAAGCAGGUAAACAGAACCGACCAAGGGAGAGGAAAGAUGGAGGAGCUUCUUGUGUCGUCCUCCAACCACUGAGAAUCUCUAAUCGGACACUCUUUAACUUGAUUUAUUUUGGUACUUACAGUCCUGCCAAGUAUUCUGAUUAAAUUAUAACUGUCGGAUUGUUUUCUUUUUUUUGUCCGUUGAAGAACACCUGUUUGGAUUUACAUUAAAAAAAAAUUUUUUCCAUCUUGAAUUCAGUUUUCGUUAGGUUAUAUCCAAGUUUGUGUAAAUGACAUGAAAUUGCACAUUUCUCUUUGUGUCAAUUUGUGUGUAUUUGCACUAGACAUUUAUUUACCACUGUUAGUUUGUUAUGUAAUCUUAAUCUAUUGGAGUUCUGGAGACACAAUAUUUUUCAAACUCCAAAUUUUUGUGAAGAUUUUGAGGAAAACUCCUAUUUUAGGUCAUAGAGUUGUUGGCAGGUCUGUGCUUAUCAAGGCACCUGCCCACUUGACUGUCUCAUUAGAAGAGGAAGAUAAAUCAGAGGUCCUGCCCCAUAAAAGAUCUUACAGUAUUGAACGGGGUAUUAUACCAAAUCAAUCAAAAGACCAUGUAUAUACUUAAGAAGUAAAACAGCAGGAAUUCAUUGGAAGUAGUGAAUUGUUUGUCUUAUCAGGCCAAGCCACUGAUACAAGCUGACACCUUGUUGUCAGUAAGUUAUUGGCAGUAAUGUUGAGUCGUUUCAUCCUCUUAUUUUGUUUCAGUUUUCUGUUGUUUGAAUCUGGUCGUGGAGAAAUAUGGCUGUUAUCGUUCUGAUGUGCCGUGAACUAUGACUCAAAUAAAUCUUUUUUUUUUUUUGUGUAGAAAAAAGCUUAUGAUAGUGUGUGCUCUGAUGAAAGGUAUGUUGUCUCUGUGCUUCCUACCCCAUCAUUCCACGCUGUCAUGGAAAGGUUGGCUGUUUCGUAUUGUAUCAAAGAUGCAGUAAACGAUAUGUGUGAGCAUGCUCAAACAAGAAGCACAGUGUGUUAAUCUUUGGUGUCUGUUCUGUAACUUUUUCAGUCAUCGUGUGUUUUGUUUUUGGGUUUUUUUUUAGAUGGUCCCUUCACUACACGCAUUCAGUGGUUAAACAAUCGUAUUGUUAAUGAAAACACUUAGUUGUGUUGCGUGAAUAUCCUUCCCAAGGACUAGGAUGCAGGUGAAAUAUUUUGUCUGAGUUGUCCUUAUGCACAAUUUUUGUUGGAAUUUUGAUGUGAGCAUAAUGGUGAAAAAAAUUGCUGCUUCUUCUCAAGUUUGAUUAUUUUGUCAAGUGGUUGCUGUUUAUUUGUGGACUCUUUAUUUUCUGUGCGCUGAUCAAGUGGUGUACUUUUAGAUUUGUACAUUGUAUUCCCCCCUGGCCCCCACUUGUCAUGUGUCUGUAAGGUUCAAUGACUUUGAAAUGAUCCAAGUGGAAUGUUUGCUCAGUGACUUACUGUGACUUAAUGUUAAUGUUCAAUGGACAAAGUGAAUCAACUGCAACUAGUAUUCCCGUGUGUCGGGUUUUUAGCAAUAAAGAUCAUGGAAGACUUUGCACCUUUUGUGCAGUUACUGACAAGCUGUAUUGCUUGCUGUUUUGCUGGCAAGCUCUAUUUCAGUUUGAGUGCUCAUAAUAAUUUACAGCUCAUUCAUAGGAAAUAAGAUGUUUGAAAUGGGAGCAUAUUCAUACAUUCUCUCUUUAGAAAAAGUUUUGUGAAGUAAAUGCAUGUUCUGUGGUUUUGUUAUUUCCACUGGCAGUUUUCUCAUUAUCGAUGGAUAAUAUUAAUAUUUUCAUACUGAUGUCAUUUGAAAUAAGAUUCGUAAUGUUUAGUGUGCUUUCAUUUUUAACAUUCAGAAAUUUAAUAUUAUAUUAUUGUUUCAUUAUUUCUUAGCAGUGGGAAAGAAAAUGGAAAUUACAAGAUUUCCAGUGAAGGAUUUUAUCAAUAAUUCUCUUUGUGCUAUGUUUAACCAAUCUAUAUUGUUGAUGUCACCAGUUAAGUGAGUUGCUCAAAAUUUGCUGUACACAUGUAAAGCAGGGUCAAACAGACUGAAGUGACAGCAAGGAUAUUCAGAUUAAUCAGGCAGAGGGUAAGGAAGUUUGAUACUUGGUAUAAUAUGGUCUUAAGUUCUAAAAGUAAAUUCCCCAAGUAAGUGGGUUGAUCAAAUGAGGGGGAUAAUUUGUUCCUUGCAAAUACCAACAACUCCUCAGAGUGAAAUGCUCAAGACUUAGAGACUUGUGUGUGGGCGGGAGAGGUAGAAAAAGUGGGAGAGUGUAGGAAUGUCUAGUAAUGUACCUUGACAAUGUAGACCGAAGGUGUUUUGCUGUUGACAAAUGUCUUACUCCACCCCCACCCCCCCAACCUUUUUUUAAAAAACCCUAGCCCUUCCGUCAUCCCUUUGACUGUGAUAGUGUUAAGCAAUAAUGAGUGUGGUUGUCCACUUCAUUGGUUUUGAUAAGGUGCAUAUGGAUGUGGUGUGAAAGUGAGAGAUGGGAACACAGAGAGAAAGUGCAUUGUGCUUCCUUUCUUUGGCGUUUCACUUUGCUCUUUAAUUUUGAUGUAUGAUUAUGAGUAGGUUAAUUCUAUUGAGUACGUUUAUUCCUACAGCUUAAGAGGCAGAAAAAUGGUUUCACAGUGACAAUGAAUUUCUCAUGAGUUAAUCUUAGAAGAAACCAAAAUUACGAAGGUAAUUUUGUACCUUUUUGUACGACUGUUUUUUCUUUUUGAGAAUAUCAAUUUUCUAACUAACUUCCAUACUUUUCCUGAAGUCUGCUAAACUGAAAAAAGUGUUGACUGAAUGAAAAUAGUGACUUUGUUGUUUUCUGUAAGUCACUGACUCUUUGGUAUACUAACUUAUUUAUUCUUGUCGGUAUUGGUCUUU